AUGGUUGAUUCACAACUAGCUCAAUUGGCCGAGAGAGUCCCUUUCAACUCACCUUCUGCUCUACCCAGACAAUCACAAACUAACCCUUCCAGCAUUAUGAAACCCGACUCUUGUAAGGCAAUCACAUUGAGAUCGGGUACAUCCUAUGAGGGUCCUAAGGAGGGAAAUAGUAAGGAAAAGAAGGAAGGAGAAGAGAGUGUGGGUGAAGACAAGGAAGUUGAAGAAGAGAAUGUUGUUGAGAAAGAGAGAAGUAUGGAAAAGAAAAAUCUUAAACAUGAGAAUACAACUUUGAAUCCUAGUGAAGCUAGGAAUCUUGAUGGGUCCGUUCCAUUUCCCGGACGACUGGCGGAGAGGAAUUUGAAUGACAAGUUUGCAAAGUUCCUUAGUGUGAUGAAGAAUUUGCACAUCAACCUACCUUUCAUCGAAGUUGUCACACAAAUGCCUUCAUACUCCAGGUUCCUCAAGGAUAUUCUCACUAACAAGAGGAAGCUCAAUGAUGAGCUCAUCACUCUUCCCCAUCAAGAAGACUAUCCAAUUAGUGGUGAGCUUGAAGAUGUUCCAAUUAAAGUUGGGCAUAUUCAUGUGUCUUGUAAUUUUGUAGUGAUGGAUAUGGAAGAAGAUGUUGAUACUCCUUUGAUUUUGGGUCGUGAAGUUCUUAAGACUUUGGGGGCGGUGAUCAAUUGCAAGAACAACAACAGUACAUGUGAGGUUGCCGAUGAAAAGAUUGUCUUUGAGUACUCUAAGUUGCUCAAGACCCCCAUUGUUGAAAAAUGCUAUAGGGUUGAUGUUGUGAAUGAGGAGUUGGAUCGAUUGGGAAGGGUUAUGAUGAAGCCUCAAGAUCCAAUGGUUGAAGCUCUUACAUGCAAGGAAGAGUAUCACUCUCAAGAAGUAAAAGAGUUUGUCAUGGCCAUGGAGGAAACUCAAAUAGAAGAAGACCAUGAACAACAAGAGGAUAAAGAAGAGCUUGAACUAGAGGAGAAAAUGUAG